UAGGCUGCGAGUCUUGUUGGCAUGCUGAUAGCCCCUCGGUUCACUGCAGUCCGUAAACAAGACCAUGUCAUUUCAACAGUUCAAAAAAGGGAAGAUCUGGCUUUGACACAGUGCUUUUGCUGAUGUUCCUUAUCCUGACAGUGGGAAGAAAUCCCACCUAUAAUUCUGUUAGAAGACUGAGAGCCAUCAAGUUGCUGUCUUGUGAGCAGUGUUUUUGUUUAACUUCCCAAAAUCCAGGUGACUUCCAUGGGACUGCUCGCUGACUCCCAGGAGUGCUACAGACAGCAAGAUGUCCAGUAGCUGUAGGAUGAAACCCUUGAAACUGAAUAUCCUGGUGAAGUUCCAGACCUGAUGCUUUCACUGUCUUCUCUGCUGUCUAUGCCUACAAUGUCCUGUUACAUGAACAACACAGCUUUUGUUUGUGGGAAACAGAAGAGGUUUGUAUUCGUCGAUUCUACGACUGGUGGUUCUUGAAGCAUUGCUUAUGCUGGGAAGCUUCUGUCUCCUCAGCAGAGCGACUUCUAAAGACAUGCAAACAGUGCAGUUGCUGCAGCACUGAAGUUAGGUGCAAAGCCCUAAGUAACUUUGUAGCAUAAAUAAAGAGCACUGCAAGUCUGAGAGUGCUGAGAGCGCUGUAAGAAAAAAAAGGUGCAAGUGAUAACAGCUAAUGAAGAUCUGUGUGAAAGGAGGCUCCACUACCCACAACUAUAAAAAAAGCAUUUCACAGCAUUCCCCAAGCAUUUUCUUGGUUUUUGCCCAAUUUUCACUGCUUCCUUCCAAUCCUGUGCAUCAUCACAAUAGCUGCAAACAGGUUGGUGUCUCUGGGGAAGAUGUCUCUGCAAGAAGAUGCAGGCGUGCUGAAGACUUCAGAAAAGUGAGCAAUGAGUCCUUCUGAAAGCUGAAGAGAAGCCCCCUUGCAGGGUCAUGAACCUAAGACAAAUCUUCGUGUCUGUACUGCUGUUUGGAGUAGCUGGUCUACUCCUCUUCAUGUAUCUGCAAGCUUGGAUUGAAGAACAACAUACAGAGUCUGGAAAAAAACUGCAACAAGAGACAAUUAAUCAGGAUUUCACGCUCCAGCCUCUGGGGAUGCCAAGGAAAGCAGCGUGGAGGAGAAGUGCUCCUGUGGGCCUCAGUAACCAUGAGAUGGCUGUCUCAAGCAGCAGGCACUGGCGGGGCAGGGCUGACCCUUUCGGCGUGGUGGCUGCCUCCUCGGGGAGCCGGCUCCCUGAGCAGCAGCAGACGAGUGAGUCCCCUCUCAGCUGGUUCAGAGGGGUGUAUUUGCCUCCUGCUCUGCACCCAUUAAACAAGACAUUUGUCAGGGGUGGUGAGUGGCAGGACACAGACAGCACCCAGGAAAAGCGCAGGGCCUUCCUGCAGGACUUCUGUAGGAAAUACAACAGCAGAAAGAAGCUGCAAACCCACCUGGUGCACCUAGUGUCAAGAAUUUAUGUAGAGGACAGGCACAAGGUUCUGUACUGUGAAGUGCCAAAAGCAGGCUGCUCCAACUGGAAAAGGGUCCUCAUGGUGCUCAGUGGACUCGCUGCUUCAGCAAACAACAUCUCCCAUGAUGAUGUGCACUAUGGAAAGCACCUGAGGAAAUUGGACAGUUAUGACCUAAAAGGGAUCUACACACGCUUGAACACGUACACCAAGUUCAUAUUUGUACGUGAUCCUAUGGAGAGACUGGUAUCUGCCUUCAGGGAUAAGUUUGAGCAUCCAAACAGCUAUUACCAUCCGGUAUUUGGGAAGGCAAUAAUUAAAAAGUAUAGACAGAAUGCAGAUGAAGAAGCACUGAAAACAGGAUCAGGAGUUAAGUUCAAAGAGUUUAUCCAAUAUUUGUUGGAUUCCCACCGACCAAUAGGAAUGGACAUUCACUGGGAGCAAGUCAGUAAGCUCUGCUAUCCCUGCCUCAUCAACUAUGAUUUUAUAGGAAAGUUUGAAACCCUGGAAGAAGAUGCCAAUUACUUUCUGCAGCUUGUAGGUGCUCCAGCCAAUCUGAAAUUCCCUAAAUUCAAAGACAGACAUUCCUCUGACGAGAGAACAAGUACAGAAGUAGUGAGGCAAUAUUUAAAGGAAUUGUCUAAGGAGGAGAGACAGCUGACCUAUGACUUCUAUUACUUGGAUUACUUAAUGUUCAAUUAUACAUCGCCACUUGUAUAGCACUAAAAUAGCUUCGGGCUUCUACUAGAUACUUAUCAUGUUGGGAUUCAAAACAACUACUUUGAUAUUAGCCCUGAAA